AUGGCCAACACUCCUCACGGUGGUGUCCUGAAGGACCUCGUCGCCCGCGAUGCUCCCCGCCACGACCAGCUCGAGGCUGAGGCCGCCACUCUCCCCGCCAUCGUCCUCACUGAGCGCCAGCUGUGCGAUCUCGAAUUGAUCAUGAACGGUGGUUUCAGUCCUCUUGAGGGUUUCAUGAACCAGAAGGACUACGACGGCGUCGUCGCCGAAUCUCGCCUUGCCGAUGGCAACCUCUUUUCCAUGCCCAUCACUCUGGAUGCUUCCAAGGCGGCCAUUGAACAGUCCGGCCUGAAGCCUGGUUCCCGCGUCACCCUCCGUGACUUCCGCGACGACCGUAACCUUGCCAUUCUCACAAUUGACGACAUCUACCGCCCUGAUAAGGAGAAGGAGGCCAAGCUCGUCUUCGGCGGUGACCCAGAGCACCCCGCCAUCAAGUACCUGAACACCAAGAUCGAGGAGUACUACAUCGGUGGAAAGCUUGAGGCAGUUAACAAGCUGAACCACUACGACUAUGUCGGUCUUCGCUACACCCCCGCGGAGAUCCGUAUUCACUUUGACAAGCUCGGCUGGUCCCGAGUUGUCGCCUUCCAGACCCGUAACCCUAUGCACAGAGCUCAUCGUGAGCUGACCGUCCGUGCCGCUCGCGCCCGUCAGGCUAAUGUCCUCAUUCACCCCGUUGUCGGUCUCACCAAGCCUGGUGAUAUUGACCACUUCACCCGUGUCCGCGCCUACCAGGCCCUUCUCCCCCGCUACCCUAACGGAAUGGCCGCCCUUGCCCUUCUGCCCCUCGCUAUGCGUAUGGGUGGUCCCCGUGAGGCCAUCUGGCACGCUAUCAUCCGUAAGAACCACGGUGCCACCCAUUUCAUUGUCGGUCGUGACCACGCUGGUCCCGGUAAGAACUCCAAGGGUGAGGAGUUCUACGGCCCCUACGAUGCUCAGCACGCCGUUGAGAAGUACCGCGCGGAGCUCGGUAUCGAGGUUGUUGAGUUCCAGCAGGUCACCUACCUACCCGACACCGAUGAGUACAUGCCCAAGGACGAGGUUCCUGCUGGUACCAAGACCCUCGACAUCUCCGGCACUGAACUCCGCAACCGUCUCCGCACCGGUGCCCACAUCCCCGAGUGGUUCUCUUACCCCGAGGUUGUCAAGAUCCUGCGCGAGUCCAGCCCUCCCCGCGCCCUUCAGGGUUUCACCAUCUUCCUUACCGGUUACAUGAACUCUGGCAAGGACGCCAUUGCUCGUGCUCUCCAGGUUACCCUCAACCAGCAGGGUGGACGCUCCGUCACUCUCCUCCUCGGUGACACUGUCCGCCACGAGCUUUCCUCCGAGCUCGGCUUCAGCCGUGAGGACCGUCACACCAACGUGCAGCGCAUUGCCUUCGUUGCCGGUGAACUUACUCGCGCCGGUGCCGCCGUCAUCGCUGCCCCCAUCGCUCCCUACGAGCACUCCCGCAAGGCUGCUCGCGAGGCCGUCCAGGGCACCGGUGGUUCUUUCUUCCUCGUCCACGUCAACACUCCCCUCGAGUACUGCGAGUCCACUGACAAGCGCGGCAUCUACGCCAAGGCUCGCGCCGGUGAGAUCAAGGGCUUCACCGGUGUCGACGACCCCUAUGAGGCUCCCACCAACGCCAACCUGGUUGUUGACGCUUCCAAACAGAGCGUUCGCUCCAUUGUUCACGAGAUCAUCCUCAUGCUCGAGAGCGAGGGUUACUUUGAGCGUCUGUAA